AAAAGCUCCCCCUCCUCUUCCUCUUCUUCUCACCCACCUCUCGAACUCUCCGGCCUUCCAAACCCUAGCUUUCCCCACCUCCCCUCCAUGGCUGACAGCGAUCCGGAGCCGGCGCCGGCGCCGGCGCCGGCCGACGAUAAGUGCCCGGCCCCGGCGGCGGCGGUCGAGGUGGAGGAGGCGCGCCCGCCGCCGCCGGAGGGUACGGCUGAGGUGAAGCUCCCGUCCCAGGAGGCUUCGGCGGCUGAGGUGGAGACGCGCCCGCCGCCGGAAGCCCCUGGGGCGACGCCCGCUGAGGACUCGGAGAAAGAGGCGGAGGCGAAGCCGAAGGAGGGGAAGAAAGGGGAGAAGGAGAUGGGGGAUGAGACGAAGGAGAAGCGGUUGGAGGAGGAUAAGGGGAAGGGUGCGAAGCAGGAUAAGGAGGAGACGAAAGAGAAGGAGAAGGUGGAUGCGAAGGGCAAGGUGCUUGCGGUGGUGAAGGUGGAGGGGACGGAGAAGGAGGUCAAGGCGACCCGGCGGCCGGCCGGGGCCAGCGCGGAGACGCCUAUCCUCGCGGUGCCUGUGGUGGCCGUGCCGUGCUUCAUCGCGCCUCCGGGGUUCGCGGGUCAGUUUGCAAUGACUCAUCAAGCAGCUUUGGCGAGUGUAACAGCACAUGCGCAAAUGCACAUGCAAUCCCCAACCACAUCUGGAUGUUCAGAAGCUCCAUCAAGUCCAUUUUAUAUAACACCAAGAUCUAUAGUACCACUGCAGCAAUCACCGUCAGUAGCUGAAGGGAAUGUUUGUAGACAAUUAGCAGACAAGCCAUUUUCAUCUGAGCCAAAAUCACCCCACCAUGCUGUUGUAAAUAUGGUGGCUGAUGGCUUCAACUGGAGGAAAUAUGGUCAGAAGCAGGUGAAAAGUAGUGAGAAUUCAAGGAGCUACUAUAGAUGCACCAACUCAGGUUGUUCGGCUAAAAAGAAGGUUGAGCAUUGCCCUGAUGGCCGUGUUGUGGAAAUCAUUUAUAGGGGAGCUCAUAAUCAUGAUCCACCUCCAAAAACCAGAUUUGCAAAAGAAAAAGUGACUCCUAUUGGUGUUCCCUCUGGAGGUGAAACCUUGAGACUUGUGAAUACAGAAAUUUUAGAAUCCAGUACACCUACCACCUAUAAAUUGGACCAUAGUUCUGUCUCAGAAACCUCUGAGCAGCAGCUCUUUUGCUCGAGUGAUUGCGAAGGUGAUGCUGGUAACAAAUCUGAGGAUGAACAUCCUAGUGCAGAACCCCUACCGAAGCGAAGGGUGAUUGAAACCACAGCACCUAACUUAACCCCAGUUCUCAGAACUGUCAGAGAGCAAAAGAUUAUUGUGCAGGCUGGAAAGAUGAGUGAUGGAUACAGAUGGCGCAAGUAUGGACAGAAAAUUGUCAAGGGAAAUCCAAACCCCAGGAGUUAUUACCGCUGCACACAUGGUGGGUGUCCUGUCCGUAAGCAUGUGGAAAAGGCACCAGAUGAUGUCAACAAUAUCGUUGUAACUUACGAAGGUAAACACAACCAUGAUGAACCAUUUAGAAGCAACAGCAUACCUGUUUCUGCGAUCAGUCAACCAGUGGCAGCCAUUGAGCAACCCAGCACAUCAAUCACAACAGCAGAUGAGAGACCUCCAACCAUCACUCAGAAGGAUGCCAACGGUGUGUCUGAUAAGGAGACAACUUUGGAAUUUGGAGGUGAGAAGGCACUCGAAUCUGCACAAACGCUGCUCAGCAUCAAAACUAAUUCCGACGACAUGAAGAACUCUGUUCUGAAAGAAACUUCCGCUGCAGUUCCUGUCCAAAACAGCUGAGUUCGGUUGAGAUAGGGUGAUUCUAUUGACGUAUUAGCCUGUGAUAUUUAUUGGUUCUGUUAUUGUGUUAGCUUGUGUAUGAGGUGAGGGUUGGUGUUCGGCAUUCCGUGGAGCACUGGGGAACAGUUGAGAAAGCAUUUAGGUUCUGGAAGCCAUGACUGGUCGUGUACCUGUAUAGAAUUUCAAUCCCUAGUGUGUAUAGGUACUGUAUUUCUUUACCUGAGGCUAAGCAACGAAGAGACCAGAUGACGUGUGGGGUGUUCUUCUUCAGAACAUUGUGUGCUGUAUGUUCUAGUUCCAUUUA